CACGUGAUACCAAUGUGACUUUUGGAAAAUUAUUUUCUCCCGGGGCGAAUAAAGUGAUGUGGUUUUAAAUAAAGCUGCAUAACUUUGAAGCGGUUAGCAAGUACAAAAGAAAUCUAUGCAGAUUAUUAAGUACAUAAUUUUGGACGUUUUCAACCUUCAUUAAUCUCGUUGAUUUAUUUAUAUUAUCUACUGUGACACCUGUUUUCCCUACACCAGUGGAAUAGCCCAUCAAUGAAAAUGUAAUUUGAUAAGGGGCACUCUUAGAUGUUGUGUGUGUGAAGAUUCUACGCAAGUGUUUGUGCACGUAGGCCAAAAUCCAACGUGGAACUUUCUAGUGAUUUCUCAGAACCUUCAUAUUACUUAAUUGGAACUGAAGUUGUCAUUCACUAUUGGACAAAUUGUUAAACAACAAAGUUUUAAAGACUAACUCAGAACAAUGACAAAUCAGAGGUAUUUGUUGUUGCUUAUUUGCGUGGCAUCAGUUGUCAGAUGUGAACUGUUUACAUCUUUGGCCCACAUGGAAAGAGCUUUAUUUGCUGAGAGAGAAAUUUCUUCAAGAAUAAAAGAAUAUGUGACAGAAGAAAAACAAAGACUGGAUGCCCUUUCCAGGUUAGCUGAUGAGUUAGAGACACACAGUUCUAAAGCUUUAGAGAAUACAGAUUUUUACUUGGGGAACCCAGUCAAUGCCUAUCUGUUUGUCAAGAGAUUUACAGUUGAUUGGGAACGACAUAUUGAAGAUAUUUUAAAAUGGAAGCCAAAUGAAGAAUUUAAUGAUAAAAUAAACCAGUUGAAAGAGUAUUUGCCAACUUAUGAAGAUUUAAAUGGAGCAGUAGCCGCACUGUUGAGGCUUCAGGACACAUACAAAUUGGAAACAGAAAAAAUAGCGGCAGGAGAUAUAGCUGGUAUUAAAACUACAGAAUUGUCAGCUGUUGAUUGUUUUGAGGUUGGCCGUGUGGCCUACAAUGAUGAAGACUACUACCAUACCACUGCGUGGAUGAACGAAGCCAUGAGUCGAUUGGAAAAUGAGAAAAAUAAAACAGUCAACAAAUCAGAAAUUAUUGACUUCUUGGCUUUUUCUGUAUAUCAGCAAGGAAAUGUAAGACAUGCCUUAGAUUUGACAAAUGAAUUGUUAACAUUAGUCCCAGGUCAUGACAGAGCUUUAAAUAAUAAAGAAUAUUAUUUGAAAAUGAUAAGUGAGAAGGAAGAAAAGAUGGGAGAAACUGCAAAAAUGGGAGAAGCUGCCACAGUAGGAGAACAAGCAGAUGAGCCCUUGAAAAAUGAAAAAGGGAGGGAUGAAUAUAAAUCAACAGAUGAAUUCAUCAUGUAUGAAAGGUUAUGUAGAGGAGAACAUACACAUGAUUACAAAGACAAACACAAGUUAGUAUGUCGAUACAAAACAAACAACGAUCCAUUGUUGUUGAUAAAUCCAGCCAAAGAAGAGGAAAUUUAUCUUGAUCCUUAUGUUGUAGCUUAUCAUAAUAUUAUAUCUGAUUAUGAGCUUGCUGUUAUCAAAAGUAUUGCCACUCCAAAGCUAGGAAGAGCAACCGUGCAUAAUGCUAAAACAGGAAAAUUAGAAUUUGCUCAUUACAGAGUUAGCAAAAGUGCUUGGUUAAGACCUGAUGAUGAUAUUGUUAUAGAGAGAGUGAAUAAGAGAAUAUCUGCUGUCACUAAAUUAGAAAUGGAUACAGCUGAAGACUUACAGAUAGCUAAUUAUGGUAUAGGUGGACAUUAUGAACCACAUUUUGAUUUUGCACGGAAAGAAGAGUCAAAUGCUUUCAAAGGUUUGAAUACUGGCAAUAGGAUAGCAACAUGGUUAUCAUAUAUGAGUGAUGUUGAGGCAGGUGGUGCUACUGUCUUCCCAUAUAUUGGAGUUAAAAUAUUCCCAAAAAGGGGAAUGGCAGCAUUUUGGUAUAACUUGUAUAAAAAUGGAGAUGGUAUUUAUGACACACGGCAUGCAGCAUGUCCAGUCUUAGUUGGUACAAAAUGGGUGUCAAAUAAGUGGAUCCAUGAACGAGGACAGGAAUUCCGGAGACCAUGUGGUUUAACAGCAGAUGACUAAAGGAGACGAAAAGGAAGAUUAUUUAUGACGAAAUAUGUGAUUCCAUUCAUUAACAAUCAUUAUAUAUGUAUAUAUGGUAAAAAGUCACGAUUAUGCAUUGUUAUUGGAAGUGUUUUUGCAAAUUUGAGUUAUUUUUAAUGCAUUUAAAUGAGUUAUCAUUAAUGAAUUUUGAUAGGCCUUUCUUAUUUACACAGUUCCUUAGAAAGAGCUAAUGUGUUUUCACUGGAAAACUUUUAGUAUAAAAUGCUUAUAUUUGCCUGAGGAAAUCUAUAAUCUUGCAACUCAAUUUGUUGUUAGCGUGUCUUUAUGAAUUGCAUGUAAGGAUUGAUAUCAGAAUUUAUUUGUUGCAUUUUUCGUUGCAAAUUUAAUUUUCUUAUGAUGUCAACGGCAGCAUGAAUAUAUUAUGGAAACACAGUUACUCCAAAUAGUUUUCAUAGCUAAAUAUUAAAUUUAGUAUGUUAAAGACAAGAUUAUUAUUUACUUGUGACAAUGUUGUUAGGAUUAUCUGUUUUUGAAAAGUAAAUGAUGAUUAGAAUUGAUAAAGUUUUCAGUUGGUGAAAUAAUGAAAUAUUAUAUUAUUAUUAUAAGUCAAACAAGGAAUUUUAUUUUUUUUUUAUUUUAUCAUAUUGUGUUCUUUUUAUGAUAUUAAAGGACAAUGUCAUUUUAGUAAUUCAAAUAUUUAUAUAUAUUUGAGCGAGAAUACAAACCUCAAUUUUUCUUUUUCAUUUUUUAGUGAUAUUUGAAAAAAAUUAUGUAUGACCAAUAUAUUAGAAUGAAAUGAAUUAUUGACUACUAAUCUGUUAUACUCCUCCAAAUAUUUAAAAAAAUCAAUAAUGUUUUUUUUGUUUGAUUUGCCAACACUUAGUUAAUGUUUAAAAUAUGUCUCAAUGUUAUCAUAAAAAUCCUCAUAUUUCAUUAUUUUCCCUUGGCCAGGGGAGGGAGUAAAGAAUUCUUUUUUGUUCAUCAAUUCUGUUUUCCUGGUUUAGCUUUAUGUUAGGUCAAUUCUUAGGAACUCAAAUUACAGGGUUAUUUUAUAUUUGUGAUAUAAAAUAUUAGAAUAUAUCUUUGAAAUUACUAUGGGUAAUUCAUAAAUUAUAUCAACUGGAUAUAUAUUUUACAAAUUAGAGACUGGUUAAAUUUUUCGUUAUGCUUCAGAUCUAGGUUAAUACCAGUAGCAGAGCAAUGCUUUUUUGCCAGAAGAUGCAUCUUGGAAAAAAGAGGAGGGUAAUGUGAAAAUUGGGCUACCUGUCUAUAUUUUAUGCUUGAAUGACUCUUGAAAGUUCUGUUGCUAUGCAACUAUACUGCAUUGAGUCAUUAUAUUUGGUAUUAGGUCACAACUUAGAGAGUAACAAAGGAUCAUUCAAAAUUAUAAAUUAUGUCAUCUUGACUUACAUUUCAUAUAGGAGUGACUAAUUAAAUUUUGCAUUGAAAUCCAAAUUUAUAUAUCUUCCAGUGGGAUAGCAAUGAUAAUUGACGUGUGGGUACAUCUUGGAUGUUUAUGACAAUUUUGCAACCUUGACUUAUAGUUUAUGUUUGAAUGAUUCGUUUUCCUCUUUGAUAGCUACAGAUCAAAACCACUGCAAGUAAUGCAUGGACUAUAUGUUUCACCUAUGCGAAAACAAGAUAACAUUUAUAAAGGUCCAUAAAAAUACUUUGUAAUUAUUACAUAUUUUAUAUUAGUGACUGAUAAAAAUCUUCAUUUUUUUAUAAGAUCUAAGCACGUCUAAGUAACCUGUUUUUCUUUAGUUAAAUGUCUGGUAUCAAAUUUUAAUUACCAAAAGCUAUAUUUUAUGCAUGAGUAACUGAAUUUUUUUGUUAAUGGUCCUAAUUUAAGAUUUGUCAAGACUUUUCAUCAGUAGAUAUAUUAAGUAUUGUGUAAUAACUCAGUCACCUUGACCUUGAUAUUGAAAUUAACUAAAAAACAGUACAAGGGGAUAAGCUGACAUUCAAAUUGUCAGUUUCAAAAGAGUUUUUCUUUGAGUUCUUUUUGUCUAUUUUAAAUGGAUACAACAUUAAGUUGAAGUUUUAAUAAUAGCAAUAUUAUUCACAAAUUUGUAAGCAAUAUAACAAAAGUUGGCAACAUAAACUAUCACACAAUAAAAAAAGAAAGCUUUUAGCAUUAAAUUAUGAAAGUUGUAUGGAUAACUUGUUUAAGUGCCUUGUUGACAAGAAAAAACAUAAAACACACAUUUUUAGAAAUCAAUGCACACAAUGAUAUAACAAAUUUAAACUUAUUUUAAAAAUUGAUGACAGAGAACCUCUUGUUUUCUCUUUGUUACUGUAAAUUCAGAAAUUAUUGCUUGCAUUUAUUAUUGUGAUUUUGUCAUUUUAGACUAAAAUGCGAUUUUAAUUUUUGUGAUAUUGAGAAAAGUCCUGUUUAAUUCAUAUAAAAAAUUACAAUUGUUUAAAUUAUUGCGAUUAUAACCCUGUUGCAUUUUUCGCAAUAAUAAAAACAUCGCAAUAAUUUCUGAAUUUACAGUAUUUAUGUUGCUUAAUGUAUCCAGUUGCUACUUCUAUGUAAAACUUAAGGUCUAAAUGAAUUAGGUUUGAUUCUGCAUUUUAAUCACUUUUUGCAAGAUACAAAGUAGUUUUUCUUUGUUCCAUUUGUGUUUCUAAUGAUAAUUUUUUAUUGGGCAGCAUUUAAAAUAUUCAUAACAUAAAUUUCAUGAUUGAUGUCAUCAGAGUAUAUUGCUUGUAGUUGAAUCAUUUCUGGUUAUGAAAAUUUAUUGUUCUUCAAAGUUGUAUUAGUAUAGAUAAAGCAAUAUUACACACACACUCAUGGAGUGGGUGGUUACUGCAACCUCUAUGAUAGUCUGUUCGUUCAUCCACAUGUUUGUCUGUCAGUAAUUUUUGUACGAUAUAUUUCUGAGAUUCUGUUGUAUUAGAAUUCAAUACAUUUAUACCUAGCUUGCUUAUACAAUUAUCAUUUUUUAUUUGUUCUUUAAAAACUCAUGACUAGGAAAUUCUAUACUUUUGCAUUUUUUUAAUUUCCUGAGUAUUAAAUACCAAAGAAUAUUUUUAUAUAUAUAUAUCUACUGUUAUAUUUCUGUUACAUGAUCUUGUGUGGUGUUUUUUAAUCUUGUUUUAGCUUUAAAUCUACUAAAAAUCUUUAGAUUGGAUUUAAGAAUAUACAUGUUCUUUUCUAUUUAUUUUGUGGUUAAGUUUAUAUUUCAUAUAAACUGAUUUUAUUGCAAAUAGACUUGUAUGAUAUAUACCUCUAUUUUUUUUUGCCAAUGAUAAGCCACAUACUAUUGUGUAACAAGAAAAUUUUAUCAUUCAUUUCACCAAAUUUUAAGUUGCAUUGAUGACAUUUUUUGGUGUUCGAAAACUAACAUUAAAAACACAAAUUUUCUUUUAGUGAAUUUAGAAACUGAUCUUUUAGCACUCUUUUAUAUGAAUGUUUGGUUAUCUUUAACUAUGAAGUUCUAAAAUCUACAAAGUUUGAUAUGAACCAUGGUAUAUAUAUAGUAGUUGUAGUGAUUAUUUUAAUGCUUUUAUAAAUGCUGAUAUAUCUUAUGUUAAAUAUGAUAAUCAGAAAACAAAACUGUGAUGUAUUUUUAUAUUUUAUGUGUACAUAAAUAUGUUGGAAUGUCUGACAGUCUUUCAACAAAAGAGUUUUAUUCUUUUGUUAUAUCAAUUUUACCAAUGAAAACAUAAUUUGUGCCAUUGAAAAUAUUUUAGAAAAAAAUCUUGCCUUUAUUCUGAUAUAUCCUAUAAAUAGUGAAUUGUGCCAUAUGAAAAUUCUUAUUUUGCCAAUGUAUAAAUCACAACUGUCAUCUUUACCCAAAUUUGUUGCCUUCAAAGAGGGUCUUGAUGAGAGAUUACAGAUUGGUGAAAAAUGAGCAAAAAAAUUAGAGAAUAGAGAAUAAUGGGGUGCAAAAGUGUAAAAAAAUAACUUUUCAAAAUUAAAAAACUAGGUUAUACAAUGAUAAAGAAAUCACAUAAUUUCAGACAGAAUUAAUUGUAAAAUCAUUUACAUGAGAUAUUUUAAUAGAGGAUAAUCAUUAUUUUUGAAGAUAAAAAAAAUGCCCUAAAAAUUUUAAGAGUACAGAAGUUUAGGACCCCCAUCUAGACCCUCUUUAAAGGAGAGAAAAAAAUACAGGUUCUAUCUAUAUAUAUGUAUGAAUGGUUAAUGUUUGUUUUUAUAAACCAUGAUCCAGAAAAGUUUCACCAUGAAUAAAAAUGAAAACUAUCAUUUGGAAAAAGAAAAUUUUAGAUGAAGAAUUUCAAUCAUAAUUUGGAUGCUAUAUUCAUUUAAAUCCAACAUUAUAUAUAUAAAAAAAAUAGAAUUUACUUUAGGUGUAGUAUUUUUUAUUGUCAGAUACCAACAUUUGCAAGAAGGCAAAAAGAUGUUAAAAUAUUUGCUCUCAUAAUUUUUUGAAUAUUCCUCUUCCGUCUUAAGGUCCCCUUACUUUUAUAAUCUCUAAAUUUUACAUUGACUGUUUAUGUUUCGUAUAUUGUUGAGUUUGUUAUAAAUUGUGUUUGUUGAUAUUGAAUCUCAGAUCAAAGAUCUACAAAAUGUUCACCAAAGAUAAAUCAUUAUUAAACAUGUGUUUUAUUUAUAUCCAGCAAUGCCUAAGAAAUACAGGUACUGAUGUAUAGAGGAGUGAAAAAUCGUUGUACAUGAUACAUAGAAGGAAACAUUUACUCUGGGUCAAGAUUGCACAUUUGUUGUAAAGGUAGAAGAUGUAUUUGAUAAAUUUAAAUCUCUUCAAAAUGGUCAUCAUUAGAAGGUAUCGUUGUUAUUGAUAAAAAUAAAUGUAAGCUAAACGUAAACCAAAAAUUCUUUAAGACCAAUCAUACGAGUAGAUCUAAAUGAAAGACAUCUUAACUUACAAUUCUUGUAAUUGUUGGAACUUUAAAGACCUUUUGAACAUAAGUAAGAAAUUAAAAAACUUAAUCGAUUUUCGAAAUUGAAAAUACAAAAAACUGUUUUAAGCAUUGCCUUUUCCUUUAACAAUGCAUAUUCGUUUCUUUCUUUUUUAAAAGUUUUUAUAAUACUUUUUUUUAAUUUUUUAGUAGUGUUUCAUUACUCCAUUUAAAGCUUGAAAUUGCCCAUGAUGCUGGCAAGGCAUUUUGAAAUAAUACAUAAAUAUGUAUUAAACUUGCAUGCUAAAUUCAAAUUUAAAUGGGAUGAAAUGCACUUUCUUCUAAUAUUUGCAGCACUGCUGUAAUGUAAUUGUUUUUAUAGCCAUAUAAUGCAUGGUUAUGUAAGAAAAUAAAAAAGAUCUCCAUUUGCAUGCUGUCACAUAAGUUAGUACUAGACAUCAUAAAUAGAUACGACAAUGUAAGUGUAAUAAGUGAUAAGCAAUCAACAACCAUAUGAAAAGAAAGUAUUUUUGUCUAAACAAUAUUUUCCAGAAAAAUUUUGAUAGAACUAAUAAUGUAUGUUUUAAAAGUUUUGUUUUUACUUUAAGUUUAAUUCAGUGCACAACCAAAAAAACUACAUUAACAAGGAUGAUAAAAGAAAAAGAAAUAUUUUCAUGCAAAAUUAUUUUUGUCUGAACAAAAGCUUUGUUAAAUGUUACUCUGAAUCUUGAACACAAGUGUUUGGUAUUAUAGUGUAAGGAGUGGAAAACAUCUUUAAUGAACAGCUAACAACUGCAUUUAGUUAAAUCAUCACACAUGAAUCUAUUGUUACCAAAAUUUUUCUGUGAUACUGAUGUGGAAAUAUUAAAUGACAAUUGUUAUUGAUUUAAAUAAAUGUCAAUUUUUUUAAUGAAUUAUGUUUGGAACAUCCAAGGUGAUAUUAUUUUGUAAUAAAAUGUUGACAAGCAUUGCAAAA